AUGCGUAUACUCCUCACCAAUGACGACGGGCACAACUUUAUAGGGCUGACUACUUUACGACAAAUAAUGUUAGAUAGUGGACAUACAGUAAUCGUUGCAGCGCCGGCUCAUGACCAAUCAGGAAAAAGCCAAAGUCUGCACUACAUAAAGGAGCUCAAUGUUUCCCGUGUGGCCCACGGAUACGUUAUCGAGGGCUCCCCAGUGGAUUGCGUGCGUCUUGGGCUGCAACUACAUCCGGAUGUGGAGCUUGUUGUUGCCGGGAUCAAUAAUGGGGCCAACUGCGGCAGUGACGUUUGCCACUCAGGAACAGUAGGGGCGUGCUUUGAGGCUGCAAACAUGGGAUAUCAUGCUAUCUCUUAUUCCAUGGACACCCGAGGCAUGCCUGGAGACUGUCUGCAUCACCAUGAAGAGGGGAUGUGCAUGCUCAGCAAUUGCAAGGAGCCUGUGCAGACGACUCUGGAUGCAUACAUAUCUUACUUGGCGCAAAACGGCUCCAAAAGACAGCGUUACACACGAUUAGGCAUGGUCUGGAACGUAAAUAUUCCUGCCCCACAUGUUCCGGUGCUUGGAUGCAAGGCAGCCGUACUAGGGCACAGGUACUACUCCGUAAAGUAUGCAUACAGUAUCCCUAUUGAUCUUCUAAACUCGUCUUCCAGCUGGACCAUGCGAGGAGAGCUGGACCCUGAUUCUUUACCCAACAGGGGGGUCCCCAGCACUAUCGAGGCCGACUUCGAUGCCGUGGAGAAGGGUUGGGUCACGGUAACUCCUCUGAAUCCGGACAGAUUUCAUACCGAUGAAUACGACUCUGUACUCCGGGUUCUUUCAAAUCUGGGUCCCAAGCGCCCACCAACUCUUAAAGGAACAAUCGUCUGCACAAACAACCCAUCGUGCUCCAUUCCAGAUGGCUCACAGCUAUCUCUGAAGCUGGUUGACGCCCGGAGAAUGGACGUGCCCUAUAUAAUGCUUUACGAGUAUACGACGACCAUCUCCGGUCAAUUCCCAUUCACGAUUGAAUUUCCCUGUCCACAGCUUGACUGGGACUUUGACCCAUCUAUAUCAGUAAGAAUAUCGUACCUAGGUUCACUAAUAUGUAUAAAUGAUACCCAUUUGGCCGCUCCACUGCACACCAUUCUAGCAGGAUCCCUGCCAACGAUUGAGGUAGUAAAGGUGAAGUAA